AUGAUAGAGAAAACAAAAACAAAAACAGCCAAAGUUGGGCUAGGGUCCGAGAUAAAAAGACAUCGUACAUUUAUUUUGAUUUUAGCACAGAUAGUCAUUAUUACAACAGUAGUCUUCUUUUUAUUCCAACGAAAUUUUAAAAUCGGAAAAAUGCCGGCUAAGACUAGAUUAUUUAGCGAUUUGCUAGAUCUAAUGCAACAAAUAGACGAAGAGGUAGAUGAUUGUACUCGUUGGCCUACUAGACGAGAGAAAAAUGAAGCAUUUAGAUCUAUAAAUUCGAUUGAAGAUUUAGUUCCGAUUAGAAUUUCAGAAAUGACAGCUGUAUUUCGCUACAAUGGUAAUGUUUCAGGACUAUUCGAGAUAGUCGACUUAAGAAAAGACUGGCCAAUAACUAAAGGCGUAAUUAUUAAGCGGAUUAUAGUUAAGAAGGAGAACAAGCCAGAAGAAGAAGCUAUUUCCCUACUAGUCCGUCAUCCUUUACUGAUGAAGACUUAUGCGAGUCAUACGACUUACUUCACUAACCAUAAGAAAGUCGAUCAGGAAAUACUUUGGCUGAUUAUGGAGCCAGUUGCUACACGUAUAACUAAUAAGGAGAUAAACAAGAACGAAGCUCGGAUUAGAGAAAUACUAAGGGAUGUCUUACAGGGGUUGAAGUAUUUACAUGCUAAUCGGAUUGUGCAUUUAGAUUUGAAGUUACAGAAUGUGAUGGGUACGGGUGAGUUAGGGGCAGUAGGUACUCGGUAUAAAUUGAUUGAUUUUGGGUUCUCACGACAAUUACCUGAAGAUAAGUUAGAAGUAGUCUUUCCAGGUAAGAGUUAUGGGACAUUUCCUUAUAAACCGCCUGAGGUUUGGCAGGAGAGUGUACAUGGGUAUGCGGCUGAUAUUUGGUGUUUAGGAUGUAUGGCUUUGUUUAUGGCUGAUGCUGAGACGGCGGGAUUCUUUCAGAAAAGGGAUCCGAUUAGAUCGGGACAUACUAAGGAUUAUACUAAGUUUAAGAGUUUCUUAGAGGGAAGUAAGCGCUUGCCUAUUUCGGCCGAUGCUUCUUUAGAGUUGGUGCAUUUUAUCAAGAUGUGUAUGUUCCGAGAUCGCACUAAGCGUUGGACGGUGGCUCAACUUAUGGAGCAUCCUUUUAUUCGGGGUGUUCCCUUAAGUGAUGAACAAGCCGAUACAGUUGCUAGUGCGUACUAUGUUUAA